AUGCUAACAGCAUUCGGGCAAGCGGUAGGCGCUAACACUAACCCGGCAGUGGCAGAAGAAACCGUCAUUGUCUAUAACUGGUCAGAUUAUGUGCCAGACGGGGUGCUGGAGGACUUUACCCGCGAAACUGGCAUCAAAGUUCAGUAUGUCACCUACAAGAACAAUGAAAUCAUGUAUACCAAGCUAAAGCUGCUGAAAGGGAGGGGGUAUGAUGUAUUGGUUCCCUCCACGUAUAUGGUGGAACGCUUGCGUAAAGAUGGCUUGCUACAACCGAUCGACCGCUCAUUGCUGAGCAACUACGGACAGCUUGACCCUGAGCUGCUGAAUAAACCUUACGAUCCUAGCAAUGAAUUCAGUAUUCCCUAUCUGUGGGGCAGUGUUGGCUUGGGAGUUAACAUGGCUAAUCCAGCCACCGCCAAUGUUUUGUCUUGGGCUGACCUGUGGCAUAAACAAUGGCGUGACAAAUUGUUGUUAAUGGAUGAUAUGCGUAGCGUAUUCCAUAUGGCGUUGCGGUUGGAUGGCAAUUCAACUAACAGUACUGCCCCGGAGGAAAUCAAACAGGCUUACGAACGCCUGCAAAAACUGAUGCCUAAUGUUCAUGUGCUGGGAGAGGAUAAAGCCAAUGAAGCCUUUGAGAAGGGGGAGGUUGACUUGGGUACACUCUGGAAUGGUGAUGCCGUGCUUGCACACAGCAAAAAUCCGGCAAUCCAUUAUGUCUAUCCUAAAGAGGGAGCCAGUUUCUGGAUGGACAGUUUCGUUAUUCCUGCCCGUGCUAGUAACUCGGAAAAUGCCCACAAGUUCAUUGACUAUAUGCUGCGCCCCGAAGUGGCGGUGCAGUGUGUCAAGGAGCUAGGUUACGCGACACCUAAUACGGUUGCCAAAGCUAUGUUGGACGCAGAAACGCGGGAUAACCCGAUGAUUUUUCCGCCGUCUGAUGUGGUGUCAAAAGCGGAAUUCCAGCGUGACAUUGGUAAUGCGUUGGAACUCUAUAUGCGCUACUGGACGAAGUUGAAAUCUGAGCUAUGA